CUCCCCGGGCCCCGCCAGCACGCACCGGGGGCCCCCGGGAGCCCCUCGCUGCCGCCCCGAGACGGUGGCCGAGCGGGAGGGCGCCUAAUUCUCCCGGAAGGCUCGUUCUCUCCCUCUAUUCUUAUUUUGGGGGAAGCCAGCGAGACAGCUCCUUUUGGGGCGCGCUGGUUGGGUUAACGGCAUGGAGAACAGUCACCCCCCCCACCACCACCACCAGCAGCCCCCGCCGCAGCCCGGCCCUUCGGGCGAGAGGAGGAACCACCAUUGGAGAAGUUACAAGUUGAUGAUUGACCCGGCUCUGAAAAAGGGGCAUCAUAAACUGUACCGCUACGAUGGGCAGCAUUUCAGCCUGGCGAUGUCCAGCAACCGCCCGGUGGAAAUCGUCGAAGAUCCCCGGGUCGUUGGGAUCUGGACCAAAAACAAGGAGCUGGAACUGUCGGUGCCCAAAUUCAAGAUCGAUGAGUUCUACGUGGGCCCGGUGCCUCCGAAGCAGGUGACAUUUGCCAAGCUGAAUGAUAACAUCCGAGAAAACUUCCUGAGGGACAUGUGCAAGAAGUAUGGGGAGGUGGAGGAGGUGGAGAUUUUGUACAACCCUAAGACCAAGAAGCACUUGGGCAUUGCCAAGGUGGUCUUUGCCACGGUCAGGGGAGCCAAGGAGGCAGUUCAGCACCUGCAUAGCACUUCGGUCAUGGGCAAUAUCAUCCACGUGGAGCUGGACACUAAAGGGGAAACCCGCAUGCGGUUCUACGAACUGUUGGUCACGGGCCGAUACACACCCCAGACCCUCCCAGUGGGUGAGCUGGACGCGGUGUCUCCGAUCGUGAACGAGACCCUGCAGCUGUCAGAUGCUCUGAAGCGCCUCAAAGAUGGUAGCCUCUCUGCGGGCUGUGGCUCCGGCUCCUCCUCGGUCACCCCCACCAGUGGCGGGACACCCUUCUCCCAGGACACCGCGUACUCCAGCAGCCGCCUGGACACCCCCAACUCCUAUGGGACAGGCACACCGCUCACGCCGCGCCUGGGGACCCCCUUCUCGCAGGACUCCAGCUACUCCAGCCGCCAGCCCACACCCUCCUACCUCUUUGGCCAGGACCCCACGGUGACCUUUAAGGCCCGGCGCCACGAAAGCAAGUUCACAGAUGCCUACAACCGCCGCCACGAGCAUCAUUAUGUCCACAACUCCUGUGCGGUCACCACAGUGGCCGGGGCCCCAGCUGCCUUCAGGGGCUCUGUGGACCUCCCGUUUGGGGCGGUCAGCAGCAGUGGGGGCAGCAGUGGCCCUCCAUUCAAGGCCCAACCACAGGAUUCGGCCACGUUCGCCCACACUCCACCGCCUGCCCAAGCAACCCCCACUCCUGGAGUCACAUUCAAGUCAGCUUUCUCUCCAUAUCAGACCCCUGUGCCCCCUUUCCCCCCACCCCCUGAGGAGCCUGCCACCACGACCACCUUUGGGGCCCGUGAGAGUGGGGAAUUCCGGAGAGCACCCGUGCCGCCGCCCCUGCCACCCACUGAGCCCCUGGCCAAGGAGAAGCCAGGCACACCACCUGGCCCGCCGCCCCCCGACGCCAACAGCAUGGAGUUGGGUGGCCGGCCGACCUUUGGCUGGAGCCCUGAGCCUUGUGACAGUCCAGGCACACCUACGCUGGAGUCCUCUCCCGCGGGGCUGGAGAAGCCCCAUGACAGCUUGGACUCGCGCAUAGAGAUGCUGCUGAAGGAACAGCGCACCAAGCUGCCCUUCCUCCGAGAGCAGGACUCGGAUACGGAGCUGCAGAUGGAGGGCAGCCCCAUCUCCUCCUCCUCCUCCCAGCUCUCCCCACUGGCCCCCUUUGGCACCAACUCCCAGCCAGGCUUUCGAGGCCCCACACCACCCUCCUCACGCCCCUCCAGUACCGGCCUGGAGGAUAUCAGCCCCACGCCACUGCCUGACUCAGAUGAGGAGGAUGAGCUUGACCUGGGCUUGGGGCCCCGGCCCCCUCCGGAGCCAGGCCCCCCGGACCCUUCUGGUCUUCUGGGCCAGACAGCUGAGGUAGCCUUGGACCUGGCUGGAGACAGGACCCCCACCUCAGAGAAGAUGGAUGAGGGCCAGCAGUCCUCAGGCGAGGACAUGGAAAUCUCAGACGACGAGAUGCCCUCAGCCCCCAUCACCAGCGCCGACUGCCCCAAACCCAUGGUGGUGACCCCUGGGGCAGCAGCGGUGGCAGCCCCCUCUGUGCUGGCUCCAACGCUGCCGCUGCCCCCGCCCCCCGGUUUCCCACCGCUGCCCCCACCCCCGCCUCCGCCACCACCACAACCAGGCUUCCCCAUGCCCCCACCGCUGCCACCACCCCCGCCCCCACCACCCCCGGCCCACCCGGCUGUGACUGUGCCCCCGCCCCCCCUGCCAGCGCCCCCCCCUGGGGUCCCGCCCCCGCCCAUCCUCCCACCGCUACCGCCCUUCCCUCCUGGGCUGUUUCCUGUGAUGCAGGUGGACAUGAGCCACGUGCUGGGUGGCCAGUGGGGUGGCAUGCCCAUGUCCUUCCAGAUGCAAACGCAGAUGCUGAGCCGUCUGAUGACUGGCCAGGGCGCCUGCCCCUACCCACCCUUCAUGGCCGCUGCUGCUGCGGCCGCCUCAGCCGGGCUGCAGUUUGUCAACCUGCCGCCCUACCGGGGCCCUUUCUCCCUGAGCAACAGCGGACCGGGCCGCGGGCAGCCCUGGCCACCACUACCCAAGUUUGACCCAUCAGUGCCGCCACCAGGCUACGUGCCACGCCAGGAGGACCCACACAAGGCCACUGUGGAUGGCGUCCUGCUGGUGGUGCUCAAAGAGCUCAAGGCCAUCAUGAAGCGUGACCUGAACCGCAAGAUGGUGGAGGUGGUGGCCUUCCGCGCUUUUGACGAAUGGUGGGACAAGAAGGAGCGAAUGGCCAAGGCCUCGCUGACCCCGGUGAAGUCAGGCGAGCACAAGGACGAGGACAGGCCGAAGCCCAAGGACCGCAUCGCCUCGUGCCUGCUGGAGUCGUGGGGCAAGGGCGAGGGCCUGGGCUAUGAGGGCCUCGGCCUGGGCAUCGGGCUGCGCGGGGCCAUCCGCCUGCCCUCCUUCAAGGUCAAGAGGAAGGAGCCGCCAGACACAGCCUCUUCUGGCGACCAGAAGCGCCUGCGGCCUUCAACCUCUGUGGAUGAGGAGGAUGAAGAGUCGGAGCGGGAACGGGACCGGGAUAUGCCGGACGCCCCUUGUGAGCUCGCCAAGCGGGACCCCAAGGGCGUUGGGGUGCGGCGCCGGCCAGCCCGGCCGCUGGAGCUGGACAGUGGCGGCGAGGAGGACGAGAAGGAGUCACUGUCAGCGUCCUCGUCAUCAUCAGCAUCCUCGUCCUCAGGCUCCUCCACGACCUCACCCUCGUCCUCGGCCUCCGACAAGGAGGAGCGGGAAAGCACGGAGGAGGAGGAGGAGGAGGAGGGGGAGGAGGAGGAGGAGGAAGAGGAGGAGGAGGAGGGCCCCAGAAGCCAGGUCUCCUCCUCUUCGACCUCAUCCACAUCCGAUAAGGACGACGAUGAUGAAGACAGUGAUGACCAGGAUGAGUCUUCGAACGAGGACCAGGACGUAGCCCUGUCGGAGGCGAGUGAGAAGGAAGAAGAGGACUCAGAUGGAGAGGAGACAGUGAGCAUCGCCACGUCCAAGGCGGGAGCUGGGUCCUCCAGCGAGAGUUCUGAGUCUUCUGAGUUCGAAUCGAGCUCCGAGUCCUCGUCGUCCUCCUCGGAGGAUGAAGAGGAGCUGGUGGCAAGGGAGGAGGAGGAGGAGGAAGAGGAGGAGGAGGAAGAGGAGGAGGAGGAAGAGGAGGAGGAGGACGACGAGACGGCAGCGGCAGCUGAGAGUGUGGCUCCUGCUGCUCCCGACGAGGACUUUGAGGAGGAUGUGGCCCUGGGGGCACCUGUGACCGAGCCCUCGGCCAUGGAAGAGGAGGUGGACACUGAGGCCGAGGACAAGGCCCCCCAGGAGCGGACCCCCGUGCCGGAGGAGCCCGCCUUGCCCGUGUGUGUCGAGGAGCCGGCCGGCUGCAAGGAGCCCCCGGAGGAGCCGGGCCUGAAGCAGGAAGGGGCCAGGUCGCUGUCCCCAAAGCCCCCUCCUGGAGAGAUGGAGGCCCAGCCUCCGCCUUCCCCGGAGCCCCCCCCAGAAGAUGACCUGGAAGUGGCGCCCGAGUCCCCUACGCUGCUCUCCUUACCCCUGCAGCCGCCAUUGCCACCCCCUCGACCACCCCGGCCGCCUAGCCCACCACCAGAGCCCGAGACCCCAGAGCCCCCACAGCCACCUGUCCCUCUGGAGCCGCCUCCUGAGGAGCAGCCCCCACGUACUCCAGGCCUCUGUGGCAGCCUGGCCAAGUCACAGAGCACAGAGACGGUGCCGGCCACGCCAAGCGGGGAGCCCCCGCUGUCAGGGGGUAGCAGUGGCCUGUCACUGAGCUCCCCACAGGUGCCUGGCAGCCCCUUCUCCUACCCUUCCCAGUCCCCCAGCCUGAGCAGUGGGGGCCUCCCAAGGACACCUGGCCGGGACUUCACCUUCACCCCCACUUUCCCUGAGCCCGGCGGGCCUCUGCUCCUGCCUGUCUGUCCCCUCCCAGCUGGCCGGCGCGAUGAGCGGUCUGGCCCCCUGACCUCCCCGGUGCUCCUGGAGACGGGCCUGCCUCUCCCCCUGCCCUUGCCCCUGCCCCUGCCCCUGGCCUUGCCUGUCCCUGUCCUGCGGGCCCAGACGCGGGCCCCCACCCAGCUGCCACCUCUGCUGCCCGCACCCCUCGCCCCCUGCCCACCCCCCAUCAAGAGGAAGCCGGGCAGGCCCCGGCGAUCCCCGCCGGCGGUGCUCUCCUUGGAUGGGCCCUUGGUCCGGCCUCCAGGGGGGGCCACCCUAGGCAGGGACCUCCUGCUCCUGCCAGGCCAGCCGCAGACCCCUGUCUUCCCCAGCACCCAUGACCCCCGGGCCGUGACCCUGGACUUCCGGAACGCGGGGAUCCCGGCACCCCCACCGCCCCUGCCCCCCCAGCCUCCUCCGCCCCCACCUCCACCCCCCGUUGAGCCUACCAAGCUGCCCUUUAAGGAACUAGAGAACCAGUGGCCCUCCGAGGCCAUCCCUCCGGGCCCCCGCGGGCGUGAUGAGGUCACCGAGGAGUUCAUGGACCUGGCCAAGGUUCGGGGGCCCUGGCGCCGGCCGCCUAAGAAACGCCAUGAGGACCUGGUGGCCUCAGCCUCGCCCGAGCUCUCACCACCGCAGCCCCUCUUCCGGCCCCGGACGGAGUUUGAGGAGAUGACCAUCCUGUAUGACAUCUGGAAUGGUGGCAUCGACGAGGAGGACAUUCGCUUCCUGUGUGUCACUUACGAGCGGCUGCUGCAGCAGGACAACGGCAUGGACUGGCUCAAUGACACCCUCUGGGUCUACCAUCCCUCCACCAGCCUCUCUUCAGCUAAGAAGAAGAAGCGGGACGACGGCAUCCGGGAGCACGUGACAGGCUGUGCCCGCAGUGAGGGCUUCUACACCAUCGACAAGAAGGACAAGCUCAGAUACCUCAACAGCAGCCGCGCCAGCACCGAUGAGCCCCCGGCGGACACCCAGGGCAUGAGCAUCCCCGCACAGCCGCACGCCUCCACUCGGGCCGGCUCGGAGCGGCGUUCCGAGCAGCGCCGCCUCCUGUCCUCCUUCACUGGCAGCUGUGACAGUGACCUGCUCAAGUUCAACCAGCUCAAGUUCCGGAAGAAGAAGCUCAAAUUCUGCAAGAGCCACAUUCACGACUGGGGCCUCUUUGCCAUGGAGCCCAUUGCGGCUGAUGAGAUGGUCAUCGAGUACGUGGGCCAGAACAUCCGCCAGGUGAUCGCGGACAUGCGGGAAAAGCGUUACGAGGAUGAGGGCAUCGGCAGCAGCUACAUGUUCCGGGUGGACCACGACACCAUCAUCGACGCCACCAAGUGCGGCAACUUCGCGCGCUUCAUCAACCACAGCUGCAACCCCAACUGCUAUGCCAAGGUGAUCACGGUAGAGUCGCAGAAGAAGAUUGUCAUCUACUCGAAGCAGCACAUCAGCGUCAACGAGGAGAUCACCUACGACUACAAGUUCCCCAUCGAGGACGUCAAGAUCCCCUGCCUGUGCGGCUCCGAGAACUGCCGGGGGACCCUCAACUAGGCCCCGCCCCCGCCCCCAUUCCAGGUGCUGUCCCCUACCCAGCGGCCAUGUCAGGGCCUGGCGCCCCCAACACUACCCCCACGACCCAGCACAGCUGCAGCCCCUCCGUGGGGAAGGGCUUCUCUGUCUCUCAGCCCACGUCUCUUUGGUUUUUCUGAAGUACUCCCUUCAGGAUUUUUGUUCAGCUCCCGUGUAAGCUUCUCUCUGUCCGCGUCUCUCACUCUCCGUCUCUGUCCUUCUCUUUCUCCGUCAGCCUCUAUCCACGAAUGCUGCUAUGUUGUUUUGUCUUCUCUUUCCUCUCUUCCUCGUCAUAAGAAAAGACAUUUUAACCGUUGAAAUGUGAAGGCAGAAGCAGAGAGUGGGGACCCCCAGCGGGGGCCGCAGAGGCCUCGGUGUGGUGGCGUGUCGGCCCGUGUCCUGGAACCCCCAGGCCAGGGCACUGGGCCAGGUGCUGCAGAGAGGAGGGGGGUCAGCCCCAGGCCGUGACCUCAGAACACUACGCAAGGCCCUCUCUGCUGGUGGUGACUCAGUGAGGAGAAGACCCCCCCCUUCUGUUCCUUCCCCAGCAGCCUGGGGGCGCCAUUUCCCCUAGCAGACCCUGGUGGAGCCCAGCUGGUCCCAGGCAGGGGUUUCCCCUCCGGGCUCUCCCUGCCACCCCCCCAAAUCUUGGGUUCAAUGUUUACUUUCUCAUUCGAAUGCCAGCAACGAGGGCGCCUCCCAGAGGCGCCAGCGUGGGCGUGGGGGCACUGGGAAGGGUCCUGUCUACCCUCUCCUGCCCUCACCUUCACCCAGGCGGGAGGAGGGCCUCCCAGGGCAGGCGGGUCCCCCAGUCCCGCCACUGCGGGUCCCCGACCAGAUGCGUGUGGCAUUUGUUUGUUUGUUUAUAAGCUUCACCCGCUUGCCCCGAGGCCACACCCCAGCUCGCCCUGCCAGCAGCCCCCUCACCCCAAGGAGGCAAGAGCAUAUUUAUUUUCAGAGUGAGAUGAUUCUCCCAGAGAAAGGAAAAUCUUGGAGAUUUUUAAAGCUCAGAUCUGACUGUUUUUUUUGUUUUUUAACCCCUUUUACCCUCUUCCCCAUCACCCUAUUCAGGGUUUAUUUCCAUAGUUGUUUUUUUUCCUUGUGCGUGUAUAAAAUCAAAACGAAGGGAAGAAAUAGGUUUUUGAAGCGCAGAACCAACUUCUGUAUAUAGGCUGCCAUAAAGGACUUUUUCUCGGGAACAUUGUUUCUUGUAGAAACAUGUGGGAAGACUUUUUUGCUCAUUUCUUUGUAUUUCCAAAAUAUCUCACACACACACACACACACACACACACACACACACACACACACAAGCAAGUCCCUCUCACCCCAAAAAGCAGAGCAGGCAUGUAAAUAAUUUCUGGAAAGUGACUGUUGUGACCAGGAGUCCUCACCACGACGGGAGAGCGCCCCGCGGGGCCGCCCCCACCCUGCGGACGCAGGCCCGGAGCCUCUGGUAUCUCAGCUUGUGUCAAGCUUGUUAUCAUGUAAAUUCUGUACAAAGAAUUGUUAUUUCUCUCUCUCUCUCUUUUUUUUUUUUUGUUGGUGGUUUUGUUGUGUUUUUGUGUUUUUUGUGUUUUUUGUUUGUUUGUUUUUAGUUUCUUUACCCCAUGCCCUCUCUGUUUGAGAUUGUGCCCACCAGUUUCAAGGUUUCAAGGUCGAUGAAAUCGGGGGCAUUAAGACACAGAGGAGGGACCUGGGCACAGCGGCGACCUUCUCUUCUGUUUGCAGUUUUCUGCCUAAUUGUGCAACUGAGGAAAUAUUUAUUUUUCACAUGAGGAAAUGUGUAGUUUGUAGAGAUGGUUGAUUUAAGUUACUUGCACAGCCCCUGGGGGGCUGCCUUCAUUCUCCCCCUCUUCCCAUAGAAGAAGUGGGUGGGGGGAUGUGAGGAAACCAGGCUUGGGGUCCAAUCUCACCCUUCAGCCUGGCCUCACCUUGCCCAAUGGGCCAGGGGCUGCAACCUCCCUGUCCCGGGGAAACCCCCACCCCGCCCCCAAAAUGGUUGGCCAUAUCCGGAAUUGUGGCUCAUUUUUCUUUCAAUGCCUUUGUUUUCACUGAACAAAUUUUUGCUUUUGAAACUUUGGGGGUUCCUACUUUUUUUUUUCUUGUCCCUCCCUCCCUGCCUCUCCUCCUGCAAGGAAGAGAACUCAUAAGUUUUAGGGAUGUUUGUGCAUAUAGACUCUGUCAUCCGUAUGUAACUUGUUUUGAGGAGAAGUGUUUCCGUUGUGGGUGUGUCUUGCUGUAAAUAUUUGUUCAUAUUUUUGUGAAUUCAAUACUAUGUACCAUUGUAUUAUAGUAACUUUUAUAAAGCAAACCAUAAAUAUACUGACUUUUCUUACAGA